AUGAUCUUUGGAGGAGCUUUUGGUUUAAUUUUUAUCGGAUUCAUUUCAAUACUUUUCAUUAUAUGUUGUUUUCUAAUUUAUCUCAAAUGGUUUCAUAAAAUUAAUAUAAAAUAUAGUUCGAUUGGUCUUGGUGGUAUAGAAAAUUUCGAUAUAAAUCAUAAUUUAUUUCAUCUUCAUAUUAAAUAUAUUAAUUUUUUAUCAUCAUUUUCAAUAUUUAUUUUACGUUUACCAAUUAUAUCAAUAGAUAAUAUUCAUUUAAAAAUUAAUUCAAUUAAAAAUAAAAUUAUAAAUAAAAAGAAACAAAAAAAAGAUUGGCAUAAAAAAUUAUAUUUUCUUAAAUAUGUAUCUAUUCGAAUUGAACAAUUACAAAUUCAAUAUGAAAAUAUAAAUAUUUUUUUUCAUCAUAUUACAUUACAUCCAUCUGCUACACCUAACACUACAAAUUCUGAUACAUGGAUUAAUUGUGAAUAUAUUGAAUUAUCAAUUAUUGAUAAAAUAGAACAGUUUUCUUCUAAUAAUUCAUCUUUUGUAUUAUUAAAAUCAACAUGGCAUAGUGUUGAAAUACAAACUAAUUUUGAUCAAAAUUUACUCAUUAAUUCAACUCAUUGGUCUAUUGAGUUAGAUUAUAAACUAUUUGAUUAUUUAAAACAAAAACAAACUCAUUCUACUGUACAACAAUAUCAACGUGAAACAUCAAAUUUUCUUUAUGAAGAUCCAAAUUUAUUAUCAAUAACUCAAACAACACAUUCAAAUAAUUUAUUAAUUAAAUUUGAUCAAUGGGUUGAAUUUUUUUAUGAUCCAUUUAUAAAUAUAUGUAUUAGACAAAUUGAUUUACAAUAUAGAUCAAUAGAUAAUACUCUUCAUUAUCAUACAUUUGAUAAAGUUGAUUUUUCGUUUCAUAAUUCUUCAAAUGGAUCUUUUCAAACACAACAUGCAUAUAUCGCCAAUAUCCGUCUUCAUUCUCAUUCAACUCUUCUUCUCCAUGGCUUAUGUCAAAUAACAAUAUUUCCUACUCGUCUUGAUAUUGCAUGUCAAUUCAAUGAACUUAAUAUUGAAUUAUGUGAAGAUACUAUUCAACAAUUCCAUACAUUAUUAUCAUCUCGAUCAUCAACAUCAUCUAAUAAUACAUGGAAAUGUGAUCGACAAAUAGAUAUAUCAUUUCAAUUUUUAAAUCCAUUUAUGCGUUUAAAAAUGAACGAUAUUAAUGAAUUGUUUAUUUGGCAAAUAAAUUUUUUCAAAUUAAGUUUUCAUUCUAAUGAAAAUUCAGAAACAAAUUUUUCUCAAUCAUUAAUUGAUGAUCUUAGUAGACAACAUUUAUGGUAUUGUCUUUUAUAUUUACCAAAUGCUAGUAUAACUAUCUCAAAAAUAUAUACAACACAUGUGGAAAUUGAAAUCAUUGGAAUACGUUUACAAUCAAAUCAUAUUUUAAUAUCUUUUUUAAAACGUCUACAAAUAAUUUUAUCUUCAUCAAAAAAAUCAAAAAUAAAUUCUAAUCGUUUUAAUGAAAUAUCUUUACAUAUGAAAUCUAUUACAAUAAUUAUAUGUGAUACUGUGCCCGUAUAUUUAUGUGUAUCAAUAUCAACAAUACGUGCAAGUCGAACACAAAUAGAUAUGAAAAAAAAUUUAAUAUAUUUUGAUAAUCAACCAUCGGAUAAAAUUCCAUUAACUUCAUUAACACAUGGUCAAAAAAUAUUUGAUGUUCGUCGUAUUUCUAUUCAACAUCAUCCAAAUAAUUAUACGAUAAAAAUAUCUGUUCCACAUGAUUUAACAUUUGUUUUAUCAACUAAACUUUAUCUAUUUCUUUAUCGUUAUAUAUCAUCAUUAAAAUUCAAUAAUGAUAAAACAACAAUAGUAUCAAAUAAUGAUGAUAAUAAUAAAAAUCAAACAAUAGCAAAUGAUAUUGAAUUUAAAGUAGAUAAAUGUGCUCAUAUUCAUUUACAAUUAUCAACUGAUAGCAGGAUUCUAUUAGAACUUCAUCAAUUUUCAUCUCGAUUUGUACGUAAUAGUUUAAUUGAUAAUGAAACACAAAUGCAAUUAAAAUGUUCACAAUUAACAGUCGAUUGGCAACAACAAUGUCUUUUUGUUGUGCAUGAUAUAUCAUUUAUACGUCUUAUUCAAUCCGAAAUUUUAACAACAGAACGAAUUUUAUUACAAAAAACAAUUGGUUCACUUGAUAUGCUUCAUAAUCGAGCUAGUCUAUUACAAAUUAAUUCAUUUUCUAUUCAUUUUCCUUUUGAUUCAACAUUUAAUGAAGUUAUUGAAAAGUUUAUUAAUAUUCGUAAAUGGUUAAAACGUCUUCAUAAAACUAAUGGUGAUAUGUCAUCAACAUUUUUAAGUCAAGUUCCAAAACAUACUAUAUCAAAUGAAGUUUGGACAGAUUUAUCAAUUAAAAUAAAUGAAUUUGAAUUAACUAUAAUUGAUGAUUUAUUUGAAGUUAAAUUAUUUCAAAAUUAUUGUUUAAUGGCUGAUGAAUAUCAUGAACGUGAACUACGUGAACAAGAAUUACAACAUCGUAUUGAUGGACAUGAAAAAAUAUCUCAACCAUUAAAUAAUAUAAAUGAAUUAAAAAAAGCUUUAAUGGAAGCUAAUUCACGUGUAUAUAUAAAACGUUGUCAAAAAACAAAUUAUGAUGAAAAUAAUCAACGAAUAAAACGUAAUUUAAUACGUUGGCAUUUACGACAAGUUGAUUUAAUUGCAUUAGCUGAUCAAUCAUGGACAGGAAAAGAAAAUAUAUUAAAUAUAAUACAUCGUAUUGAUUAUGAUAGUCCAAGAAUACCAAUUGAUACAAGUGAUUUAUGUACAAUAUGGUGUCGUUAUGUUAUAUUAAAAUGUGAUGAUUGGUCAAUACAUUUUCGAGAUUUUCGACAACCAUUAUGGCAAAUGCAACAAUUUCAUCUUUGGGGACAUAUUUGUGCAGCUGAAACUACACCAGAUAGUUUAGAUUCUAUAAGAACACCUUGGAUUGAUAUUGGUGAACCUUAUUCACCAAGUCGAGUUCAAGUUCAAAGACUUUUAUCACCAUUAAAAUUUUAUCAUGAUAUUAAUUCAGAUAUUGAUUCUUUUGUUAUAUCUUUUGGACCAGCUUGGGAAAAUACCAUAGCUCAAGUUAAUUUAUGUUUAAAUAGUAUAACACCUCGUACAGUAGAUCCUUCUUCAUUACUUCCAUGGUGGGAUAAAAUUCGUCUUUAUCUUCAUGGUCGAUGGUCAUUUGCUGCAAAUAAAAUGUCAUGGCUUUAUCAUGUUGGUUCAAAUCCAUAUAAUGAUACUGAAGAAAUGGAAUGGGUAUGGGAUCAAGCAUAUGUUGAUUGGACAAAUGGAAAAUUUAUAAUAAAAGCAUCAAGUCUUUCUAUUAAAUUAAGAACAAGUUCAAAAUAUGAUGAUUGUUGUUUACUUUAUUUACCAAAUGUUGAUACAAGAAUAUCACUCAAUUGGUUGUGUGCUGGUAAUCCAAAUGAUCACAAUGCUGUUCGACUUGCUACACGUGAUGCCGUUAAAUCAAGACAAAAACAAGAGUCAUAUGAUUCUUAUGCUUUAUAUCGUUCACUUCAUUUGAAUGCAACAGCUAAAUUUGAAUGUAAAGACGUACCUGAAGGUGAAACACCACCAACAUGUACUAUCUUUGCAAGUACAUUGCGGUUUUGUGAAAGUGUUAAGAAUACAAUGAUGUCAAUAACUCGACCAACACGUCGUGGACGUUUAUUUUUAUCACCAGGUGAAACUGUUGUUCCACCACGUAAACCUCUAUUAUCUCGUCAUUAUCAAACUGCUGAAUUACAAUUAAUUUUACCUCAGUUUCGUGUUAAAUAUUUAACAUCAUUUGCACGUCAAACUGGUGCACAAGUUGAUUGUCGUUUAUUUAAUUUUAUAACAUAUCAAGAAUUACAUUUAAUUGAUCAUCAUGAUGGUCUAUCACGACGUGCUAGAAUAUUAUGGAAACCAAAAAUGAUGAAUGUUAAUUUAGAACGUGCACAAAUGUGGUUAUUACGUGAUGCUAAUGAAGAUAAAGAAAUAAAUGAAAUAUCAAAUAAAUCUGAUAAUAAACAAGAACCACAACAACAACGAACAUUUUUUCUUAGUUUAGAUAGUCUUGUUUAUAUACGUUCACCAUCAACAAAUAGUAAAACAAGUACACAUUCAGUAUUAAUCGAUGGAUUAAAAGCUGUUUGGAAUUUAAAAAAUCGUCGUACACUUUUUCUUGUUUAUGAACGUUAUCGUCGAAAUAAUAUACUUCGUUCAAAUCUUUCAAAUCCAUUUGCUAAAGAACUUGAACAUUUACAACAAGAAAAAACUGCUAAUACACCAUCAAAUCCAUCACCAUCGGAUGAUAAUAUAACUAUAAAUGAUGAAUUAAAUUCAACAAUACCAGCAGCAGCAGCAGCAUCAACUACAACAUCAGUAACUGUAACAACAAAUGGUACAACUUCACAACCAUCAACAUUAGCUUCAUUUCUUGAUCAACUUAUUAAUGAAAGUCAACAUAAACCAAGUGUUGAUCUUGAUCCUGUUGUCGAUGCAUCUGUAUCUUUAGUUGGUCUUCGUCAAUGUACAAAAGAUGAUGUUGAAGAACAUACAUUACAUAUUGAAUUGGGUGAUGGUCAAAUAGCUUUACGUGGUAUUGAAUCACGUGGUUAUGUUAUAUUAUCAGCUGGUAUUGCAUUAGUUGAUCAAUAUCGUCAUAAACCUGUUUGGCGUGAUCAACAAUUAUGUGAUAAAACAUCAUGGCAUGGUAAUCUACAAGGUAUGCAAUAUUUUGCAACAACAGUUUCAUCAACAUCAACAUUAUCAACAAUCGAUAAUACAAAUAAUGCAUUAUUAUCAUCAGAUGAUGAUAUUAUUUGGAUUCCCCAACGUGAUAUUCGUGAUGAAAAUUCUUUAUUAGGUGAAUCAUCACGAAGUGUUAUUGGAAGUAUAGCAACAAAUGAUGGUUAUGGUGAUCAACAACUUCAAUGUAUUGUAUCAAAAUCAAAUGCAAAUUUAUCAUAUGUAUUUUAUACUGAACAAACUCAACAAGAAGAAGAAACUGAUACAAAUCUUGUUAUUCCGCCAUUUAUAAAACCAUCUAUAAAUGAAUCAAAUCCAAUUGGUGAAAGUGAUCGUUUACUUGUUGAUUCAUUAACAUUUAUUCAUAAUGAUAUUCAAUUAUCAACAAAUUCAUCACAAUAUCGUACAAUAAUGGAUAUUGUUAAUAAUUUACUUUUAUAUGUUGAACCGAAAGAAGAAGGUACUAAUAGUAAAUUAAGAAAACUUCGUUUACAAAUUCAAUUAGCUGAUAAUCUUCCUGUUUUACGUGAUAGUAUUCGUCAUUUACUUGAACGUGUUAGAUCAACAUUAGCUAAUUUACGAAGACUUGAACGAGAAAUUUAUUUUUUAAGUCGAGCAAAUACUAAUUUAGUUAAUUCUUAUUCAUCUGACGAAGAAGAUGGUGGUGGUGGUGGUGUUCGAGAUCAUACACUUUCAUAUACAUCAGAAGAAAAUGAAAAAUUACAAACAUUAUAUACUUCCGUUAAAGUUCAAUUAAAUAAAUUAGCAGAAAAAUUAGGCAUGAUGUGUGCAGUUUAUAAAGAUAUGCAAUUAGCACGACUUAUUAAAUUAAGGAUAGCAGCAACAAGUAAUAAAACUGCUCGAUUGGAACGACGAUAUGAACUUCAUGGUGGUUCAAUUACAUGGUUUAUUAAACAUGAAGAUGGACAAAUUACAAAUGCAGAAUUUCUAUUAAGAAAUAUUUUGUAUACUAAACGUUAUUUUGAAAAUGGUACAAAUGAACAUUCAAUAAGUAUUGGUCAAGCUCAAGUUGAAAAUUUAUUACCUGAUGAUCGAUAUCGAACAAUUCUAACAUCAAAUUGUCAACAACAACAUACAAUGAUACGUGUUUAUUGUAAAGAAGGAGAAUCUGUGGGUGGUAUUGCUGUAAAAGAACAUCUUGAAAUUAAUGUAGCACCACUUGUUAUUCAAAUGACACGUCGUUUUUCUCAAAUGUUAAUGGCAUUUCUUUUUCCUAAUAAAACUCAACAACAUAAUGAAAUACAACAAACAAAUAAUAAUCGAUCGAAUAAAUCUUCACUUAAACAUACAAAUUCAACUGCAUUCAAACGUCGAACAAGAUCAGCUGAAGGUGAAGAAGAAUUAUUAACUGGUCGAUCAUUAUUCUACUUUAGUAAUGUUGAUCUUGAUGCAAUGGAAAAACGUGCAAAAAAUACAUUAUCAUUUCAAUAUAUUAAAAUUCCUGAAGUAUCAUUAAUUGUUUCAUAUAAACUUCGAGGUACAAAAGAAAAAAAAAUUGGAGAUUUAGAAAAUGCACAUAUAUCAUUUCCAACACUUGAAUAUCGUAAUUUAACAUGUAGUUGGCAUGAUCUUGUUUUAAUUAUAAAAUCUGAUGUUAAAACAGUAUUACUUUCUCAAGCUAUUCGACAAAAUAUUAAUUUAAGAUUACCAUUUAUUGGAAAAUCUACUCGAGCACAAAAUCAACAAUUAUUAGCAACAACAAUAACAACAACAGGAGGAGGAGGACGAGUAGAAGGAACAACAAAUAAUUCGAUUUUAUUUAAUUCGGAUGCAAUUAAUAAUAAUGAAAUAUCGACUAUAAAUGAACAAGAAGAAGAAGAAGAACAGAAACAUAAAAUGAAACUUGUUCUUGGAACGAAAAUACCAAAGGAUCUUAUAACACAAUUUAAACGUCGAAAAGAUCCAUGA